AGGAAGUGACUCCGCCUCACUCGCUUAUUGUUCCCCGUGAGCAGCGACGGCGUGCAAACAUGAAACUUUUAGCUGUGCUCGCCUGCAUCCUGGCGACAUGCGUCGCCCAGAAGCCUCAACCGUGCGAGAGUCCUCCUCUUCUGAGCGGCCAACUCACUUUGGCCACCCAGAACGAACAGCUUUGGGCUUUCGCCCGCUAUCUGUAUGACGCACUGGGACAACGGAUCAGGCUCCAGGAAAUGGGAUUUUACCAGAAUAAGUCUUUCACCUACGACGCUCUUCUUCUCUACAGAGAGGCCGUCAUGUACGAGAUUAACCAUCAAGACCACACGUGCAAGAAAAGAGCCCUGCGGGUCGACUUCCACCCGAUGGCAGUCCCGAGAAACUCGACUCUUCUGGGCCAGGCCGUCGUGGGGAGCUCGUCGGGUCCGGGUCAGGGUCUGCUCGUCAACACGUGGGCGGGCAAGCUUCAUGACAACGCGCCUUACUUUGUCACAGUGACCGAAUUUGGAUGCAUUCCUGUCUCCACGUCCUACAGAACGUCGUCGUUCGGAUGGAUGGUGACGAGCUUCUUCAACAACGUCGUUGGCAUUUCCGACCCCAACCAGCUCAACCCACCGGAAUUCUGCCAAGACGCGCUGGAUGAGGAGCCCGUCGACUUCUUCAGCUUGUUCCACAUGAAAUGAGCGCAUGCGCGAGGGAAUCGAAAAUCCCCCCAUCGAAAAUCAUCCUGUGUUACACCGUGAUGCUAAUUUGGUCGUCCCCUUGUCUUAAAUACAGCGUCUUUGCAGAUUUUUGAAGUGACCCAAAGUGCUUUUAUUUUUUUAAAUCAAAUUUGUGUUCAUUUGUCUGCUUUGCAACUGUGCUAACUCAGUAAAAGAGCUUCAAAACAA